AAUUUCGGAUUUACUCAACUUUAUGCGACUUCAGAUUCUAUUAAAAUCACAUUUAUGGCAAUUUUUUGUUCUCAAUUAAAGAUUACGCCAAACCAAAUCCUUUCAUAAAUAUAUAUUUACUCCUUAUUCUCUCUGUAUUACUCAAUUUCCACCUACCCUUAUUUCUAAACACCCAAUAUUUCUCCACCACCGUGCGCCACCAAUCAAGUCGUCGGAUUCUGGCCAACGCCGCCUCAAAACAACAGUAAACUCUGUGCGAUUCUCAUUAUAGGAAGCGAAAAUGCAGGUAAUGGUUGCGAACGAAAGGCAGAUGAAUGGGAUGAAAAGGAGGAUGGAAGGAAGCUUUGAUGAAGAAAUAGACAAGGCUGUUUCUGAAUUGAAACGACGUCGUCUUGGUGAAACAAUUGGGAACUAUUUGUUUGGUGACUGUGCAAGUGAUGAGGCAGAAGAAGAGAGGGUUGACUUAGAAGAAGAGGCAGAUACAACUGAUGAGGAUUUCGUGAUCUCAAUGUGUAGAAGUAGAAGAUCAAAUACUAGUGCAGUGAAGCGAAAAUCAGUUCGAGCAGUGGUUAAGAAAACUCGUUCUACUGUUAGAACUAGGCACUCCGAGCCUAACGAUUGGGGAAGGAACAUAAUUGAUUUGAGUAAUACUUCGUCUGAGAGUUCAGAUUCGAAUACUUCCCCUCAUUCUUCGCUCACAUUCAACUCCCACUCCUCACCUAAUUCAACUUUAUGCGCGAAUUAUGAUGGAAAGAGUGUCGUACGAUCACUCAAUAAUACAAUGGAAAAACGAGAAAAGCAUUUGACAUGUCAUCAGUGCAAAAAAUCUGACAGACGAGCAGUUGUUCCGUGCAUCAAGUGCAACGAAAAGCAAUACUGUGUGCGAUGUAUCAGACAAUGGUAUCCUCAAGCUUCUGAAGUGGAACUUGCACAAGCAUGUCCCUUUUGUCGGAAAAUUUGUAAUUGUAAUGAAUGUCUACACUCCAUAAAUUCAAUCGAGACAUCAAGUGGAGAAACCCUUGACCAAGAAAAGGCACAACAUCUCACAUAUCUUGUCACAACACUGUUGCCAUUCAUAAGACAAAUUCAGUACGAGCAGUCUCUAGAAAUAAUGUUGGAGUCUAAGAUAUUAGGUGCUACUGUGAGUGAAGAAGACAUACAGGAGACUUCGAGUUUUGAUGAUGAGCGAAUUUACUGCAACCAAUGUGCAACUUCAAUUUUUGAUCUUCACCGAAGUUGCAAAAACUGUUCUUUUGAACUUUGUUUGAGCUGUUGUCGAGAGAUCCGCCAAGGAAGCCUCUUUGGAGGCCCUGAAAUAGUUUCACACGAAUACAUUCACCAGGGAUAUGAAUAUUUACAUGGCGGCGAUCCUUUGCUAAGUUGUCUACCUCAAUCCCACACUGUACCUACAUUGACUACAUGGGUUGUUAACAAUGACAACACUAUUCCUUGCCCUUCGAAAGAUCGAGGAGGAUGUGGUGUUGGAUCUUUGGAGUUGAGGAGAAUUCUUCCUUUACAUUGGAUACGGAACUUGGAAACAAGGGUAGAAAAUGUGGUAAAAGACAAGGCUGUAAACGGCAAUGGGGUAAAAGCAACGGGUAUUGUACCGGGUCCUGGUCCCCGAAAGAGGCAAGCAGCUUACCGGAAAAAUUUCAAUGAUAACUUUUUGUAUUGUCCGGAUGCCAAUCAGAUUCACACAGUUGACGGGAUGAUACAGUUUAAGAAACAUUGGGGAAAGGGACAACCUGUGAUUGUCCGAGACACUUUGUCUCAGACACUCGGUUUGAGUUGGGAGCCGAUGGUAAUGUCGCGUGCACUUUGUGAAAAUGUCGACUCGAACAUCAAAGCUGUGGACUGCCUAGCUAACUGUGAGGUUGAAAUUAGCACUAGAGAAUUUUUCAAAGGAUACACAAAAGGUAGAAGUUAUGAUAACUUAUGGCCUGAGAUGUUGAAGCUAAAAGACUGGCCUCCAUCAGACAAGUUCGAAAAUCUUUUGCCACGUCAUUGUGAUGAAUUUAUUAGCGCAUUGCCAUUUCAAGAUUACACGGAUCCGAGAAACGGCAUAUUAAACAUUGCUACUCUUUUACCUUCGAACAUCCUCAAACCGGACUUGGGACCGAAGACGUAUAUAGCUUACGGGACUUCUCAAGAGCUCGGAAGAGGAGAUUCCGUGACUAAGCUUCAUUGUGAUAUGUCAGAUGCGGUAAAUAUCUUGAUGCAUACGGCUGAUGUUUCUUUGAGUGUCGAUCAAGUGUCGGAGAUUGACACACUAAAAAAGAAACACAAAGCUCAAGAUCGAAGAGAAUUGCAGUGCUCAGUUUCCGGUCAGGAAGAACUCGAUCUUCAUCAGCCGCGUGGUAUAACAGCAAAGGGUGCAGCUCUUUGGGACAUUUUCAGGAGGGAAGAUGUAUCUUUGUUAGAAAAAUAUUUGAGGGAACACUCCAAAGAAUUCAGACAUGCUUAUUGCUCUCCUGUAGAACAGGUAAUCCAUCCCAUUCAUGAUCAGUCCUUCUACUUGACCUCAGAGCACAAGCGAAAGCUGAAGGAGGAAUAUGGUAUUGAACCCUGGACAUUUGAGCAGAAGCUAGGAGAGGCAGUGUUCAUACCUGCUGGUUGUCCACAUCAGGUUCGAAAUCUCAAGUCAUGCACAAAGGUAGCUGUGGAUUUCGUCUCACCAGAAAACAUUGCAGAGUGUUUUCGACUGACAGAAGAGUUCCGAAAACUCCCAAAAUUCCACAAGGCUCGAGAAGAUAAACUCGAGAUCAAGAAGAUGAUUCUUCAUGCAGCUAAUCGAGCAGUAAAACAUUUAGAGGAGAUGAAAUCAGACUAGGACCCGAAGUUGAUUCUCCCAGUAAAUUCAAAAGUGUACCCUGCAUUCGAGCCGCCAUUUUGUAUAGCAGAAAAUAAGGAGCAGUGUUCUGAGGAGUCUUUUUUUUUGCUGGUAAACUGAACAGUACAUGAAAAAAGUUAUGUAAACAUGAGAUCCAUGAAGCGAAACAGACACAUACAUGUAAUAAGAAUACUGGGAACCCUGAAUGAAAUCAAGCAAAUCUUUGUA